CUACGGGUCCAUCGAAUCAGUGACGGAACCGGCCCACGCCCACAGGCUCCGUUAAAAACUGACCAAACCCUCUCCCCACAAUCCUUCGAACAAUCUCCUCCGAGCUCGCAAAUCCGCCGCCGCCGCCAUGGGCGACUACGGGAACGCGAUGAUGCGGAACCAGGACGCGGGCGUGCAGUCCCGCGUGAAGGCGCAGAGCCGCGCCAACCUCCUCCAGCUCAAGCUCAUCGGGCAGAGCCAUCCGACGGGGCUGACGACGAACCUGCUGAAGCUGUUCGAGCCACGGCCACCGCUCGAGCACAAGCCGCCGCUCGAGAAGCGCAAGUUGCCGGCUUACUCUGGGAUGUCGCAGUUUGUAUCGAGGUUCGCAGAGCCUGGUGACCCCGAGUAUGCUCCGCCUGUCCCCACAUGCGAGACUAGGGCUGAAAAGAAGGAUAGAAUCCGUCAACUUAAGCUUGAGGAAGGUGCAGCUAAGGUUGCUGAAGAGCUCCAGAAGUAUGACCCACAAAAUGACCCCAAUGUCACUGGAGAUCCAUACAAAACACUCUUUGUUGCACGACUUGGCUACGAGACAUCCGAGCAGAAGGUUAAAAGGGACUUUGAAGCUUAUGGGCCUAUUAAAAGGGUACGGCUCGUAACCGACAAGGUAACAAAUAAACCUAGAGGAUAUGCAUUCGUAGAGUAUGCACACACUCGGGACAUGAAAAGUGCUUAUAAGCAAGCUGAUGGGAGAAAAGUGGAUAACAAAAGGGUGCUUGUUGACGUAGAGCGUGGUAGAACUGUUCCAAAUUGGCGUCCUAGGAGAUUGGGUGGUGGACUUGGAUCAAGCAGGAUUGGUGGUGAAGAUGCUGCCCAGAAGCAUUCUGCUAGAGAGCAACAGAACGCUGCUGGGCGACCCAGAUCAGAAGAGCCUAGGAGGGAUGAUCGUCCUGCAGAUCGGGAUCGUGAGAAAUCUCGUGAUAGGGUACGGGAAAGAGAUCGUGACGAGAAAACUCGUGAACGCUCACAUGACAGGACCCGUGAUCGUGAUCCAAGGGAAGAUAGGCACCACCAUAGAGAUCGUGAGAGAACUCGUGAUAGGGACCGAGAACGGGACCAGGAGAGAGACCGUGGGCGUGACCGGCGUGAUAGGGAUAGGCACAAGGAUCAUGGCCGGGAUAGAGACCAGGAUAGAGACAGGAAACGUGAGCGCUCUCAUGGCAGGGGCAGAGACCGUGAGAGAGAUUACGAGCGUGCAAGUCACGAACAGGACCCUGGCAGGGACCGAGAUUACAAGCGUGCGCGCCAUGAACAUGAUCGUGGUCACUUGCAGGAGAGUGAUGCUGAUUAUGGUAAUGGUGAGCUUGGCUAUAACCAGCAUGAGCACCACAGAAGUCACGAACAGUAUGGUUAUGGCCUAGAUGGACAUGAGCGCUCAAAGCGACAUGAGCAUUACCGGGAUGAUCCACACAGUAAAAUGGCAACCAACCAUCAGGGGCAACCUGAAAAUGCAGAACCUGCAGUCCCCGAGGAAGGGGAGGCAUAUGAAGAAGGGGACUACCAGCAUAUCCAAGCGAGUGAAUACAGGAACUAAAACUUGAUAGCUGUGGUAAGGCUUUGUUAACGCAGUAAUAUUCGCAUCAUUUCAGCUGUUCCCAGUGGUUCUCUCGCCUUUUUCUUGUUGGCACUUCCAGUCUUAUCCCACUUAUUUUUGGUGUGUUUGUUUGUUGUAUGCUAUUUGUAAUAAUUUGCUGGAUAAUGCUUGUGGUUUGUGUUCACUUGUUAGUGAUGUUCUAUGUAAUUUUGAAGCCAAUCGCCAAUCAAUGUUAACUUGUUACUCGUCUAA